UUUAAAAGAAAAAAUAUGAUGCGUUUUAGAGUAAUAAAAAUUAUUUUAAGUCUAAUAUUUUUAAUUGUAUUUUUUAAUAAAAAAUACCAUAGUGCUAAUUCUUUAACAAUUGAUAAUACUUUAGUGGCAGGUGGAGAAGACUGCUUUGAAAGAAUUGCACUUGGUGCAAUGCUGCCAUUAGAUAAAACUUUUCGCACUGAAGAUAUAAAUAGUGAAAAGAAAUGUAAAGAAUUGUGCCUAAGUAUUGGAGAGAAAUGUCAAACAAUAUCAUUUGGAUUAUCCAUUCGUGGAAAUGGAACGUGCCAAAUAUCAUCAGAAAAAAUUGAAGUAGUUGGAUCUAGGCCAAUAGGAACAAUUUUCGAUCCAAAUUUUGAUUUAUUUUUAAGGAAAACAAAUUGUUUAAGUUUACCAACGGGUGGAACUGAUGUGCCAUCACCAAUUACACCAAUUGAUAGCAAUAGGCCGACAACUGGUUUUGGAACAAGUAGUUUUGCCUCUGAUACCACAGCAUUUGCAGGAUCAACUUUUGGAACAGAUCCAACACCCGAAAUAUACUCACCACCAUUAAAUAGACCAUCAACACUGCCAACAGAUCCAACUGAUACUCGUUAUCCUAGUACAGGCCCAGGAUAUUUAACAACAAAUAUUGAUAACACAAUGGGUACAACAUAUGUUAUUCAUGAUAAUACUCCUGAAACAAGCUUUGGUACAAGACCAAGACCAACACCUAGUUAUCCUACAACACAAUAUGGAGGUUUUACCACACAAUAUGGAAGUGAUAGAAUUACAUAUUCAGAAGGAAAUCCUUUAUAUCCGAACCCUACUCUUUAUGAAUAUCCUACAAACCGACCUGCUUCAUAUGCUCCAAAUAUUCCAACAGUUGAUGAUCGUUAUAAUCAGUAUGGCUCUGUAACUCAAAGAGUAACAACACCCAGGCCUAUGUAUGGUUCAGGUUAUGGAAAUGGCUAUAGUUAUGGCACACCGGAUCCAAAUCGCCGAAGGCGUCCAGAUAAAAAUGGUUACUACCCAGGACCACCAACAACAUAUGAUUCUUCUGAUUAUGAUCGAACUAGAUAUCCAACUACCAGACCCGAUUACAACACAACUCCAGAAAAAGAACGACCGGAUUAUAAUCAUAGUAAUAAUGGAAAUGGAUAUGAUAAUAGACCAGAUCCACCAUAUUCUGGUGGAAUGCCGAACAAUAAUGGUCAUCCAAAUCAAAAUGGAUAUGACAACAGGCGAGAUCCGGAAAGAAGGCCUGAUGAUCGCAAUCCCCCUACAUAUAAUGGAAAUGGUAACAAUGGAAAUAAUAAUGGACAUAAUGGAUAUGAUAAUCGACCUAGCACGGGAAAAAAGCCGGAGUAUGAUGAUAGACCAGGCUACGAUAAUAGAUGGCCUGGAGAUCGUGACAGUAGACCUUACGAUAAAAAACCUGGAUACGACAACAGGCCAGAUCCAGGAUAUGGAAGGCCCGAAUAUAAUGGUAACCCUAAUUAUAAUACUGGCAGUCCUAAUUAUGAUAGACCUGGAUAUGAUUAUAAUCAAAGACCACAACGGCCUGGUUAUGAAACUUCACCAACUAAUGGUCCAUCUUAUAAUGGGCAUGAUGUACCCGGAUAUGAUAAUAAUCAAAGACCACAACGUCCCGGUUACGAAGCUCCGCCAACUAAUGGUCCAUCUUAUAACGACCAAGACAGACCUGGAUAUAAUAAUAAUCAACGACCGCAACGCCCUGGCUAUGAAACUCCACCAACUAAUGGUCCGUCUUAUAACGGAUACAAGCCUACUGAUCCUCUGAACAAUAAUAGAAACCCCACAACAACUCGAAGACCUUAUGCAGAUAGUCAUCCUACGGAAACAAGUAAUGAUAAUACAACUUCAAUAAAUGGUCAAGGGAAUGGCUAUAAUAAUCGGCCUGAUCCUGGAUAUAUUGGUAGACCUAACGGCCAUAACGGAUAUUCGGGCCAAGGAAAUGAUUAUGGCAAUGGGCCAACAAAACCAAUAGUACCAUCAAGCAGUAAUGGAGAUUAUGGUGGUAAUUGGAAUGGAUAUAGACCACACGCAAAUAGAACAAGACCAGGAUUUCCGAAACCAAAUGAUUCACAUUCACAUGAUUAUGCGUCAAGACCUGAAGUUAAGCCGGCUGGUUAUGGAGAACGUCAUGAUAUUGGAUAUUACGAUGGUGAUUAUAAUAGCGAACACCGUUUUCAAUUUAUGGAAUACAAUGGAGCAUGCUUUCGUAGAGUUUUGGCUGGAAAACGUGUUGCACCACAUUGGGUUCGUCGCACAAUUGCAUGUGAACGUGUUGAAGAUUGUAUGCAGGAAUGUGGCCAUGAAAAACGAUUUCAAUGUGAAGGAUUCAAUUAUAGAUUAGAUCCAUCCGGUCAUGGUCAAGGUGAUUGUGAAUUAAUUGAAGUACCAUUAGCACAAAUGGAUUUAUAUUCGAGUGCGCAACAUCGUGAUGCAAAUUUAUUGCGUCAUCCUGAUUAUGAUUAUUAUGAAAGAGAUCGCAAUGCACCAUCUAGCUGCCGUACAGCUUGUAAAGAUUGUGGGAGUGGAAAACCGAUAAGUAGUCAAGCAAUUUACUUUAGACCAGGUUCACAUGAUAGACCACCAAGCUAUCAUCAUGAUGAUCGUUUUCCACCGUCGAGUAGUGGAUAUGGUGGUCCACCUUUACCCCCUCCAGAUCAUUAUAAUCGACCACCAACUACUGCUGUUGACAGAUAUAGACCAAUUCAAUAUGAAAGUAGACCGGAUGAAUAUCAUAGAUAUGACUUUCAAACGCAUGGAUAUCAUGAGAGUAGUGGUAGUGGUGGUUAUUAUCGUCCAUCAAGCUCAUCAGGAUAUGGCGGAGAUCGAGUUGAUAGAUAUGAUGAAAUAAGACCUAGCGAUGAAGCUUAUAGGCCAUCGCAUUGGGAAACCAUUCCAUCUAGCCAUGGAGGGUCAUCUUAUGGAGGUGAUUUUUCUUCAAGACCUGAUGCUGAUCGUCCUGACAAUUUUAGGCCACCCUAUAGACCUGGACCGGAUUAUUCACCUUACAGAAAUCCACCACAUGCACCGCCUCUAUCAAGACCUGACGCUCAUUAUAUUCCAUCCCCCCCACCAUCAUCACAUGGAUAUUUGGAACGUGAUAGACAUUUAGAUUACAACAAAAAACCUCCUAAAUUUAUACCAUACCUAAUAGGUGUUGAAAAAGAGUAUGACAAUACAGGUUAUGGUUAUGGUGGCUCGACUCCUAAUAAAAAUGCAGAUUAUUGGGGAGUUGCAAAUGACAAUAGACGAAAAGAUGGUCCGGAUUUUAACUAUUUUGAAUUAGGUGGACGACGUCCAUUACAUGUUACUGAUAAUUCAAUUUAUACUUAUCCAGGAUCAAAAUACCAAGAUAAGAUAAAAACAGAUUAUGAUUAUGGUAGCCAAUGGACUAGAAGAGCCGGAAUUGAUGAAUGUUCUGUGAAAACUUGCGAAGGUUUUAGAUUGCAUAAAGGUGCUAUUCGGCAUGCAUAUCAUGUGCCAAGUGUAACAGAAUGUGAAAAAUUAUGCUUUUCAGAAGAUAAAUUUAACUGCCAUACAUACAGUUUUAGGUAUUCAUCAGUUGGACGUGACAAUUGUUUAUUAUGUGAUCGUCCAGUAAAUCUUCUUGAUUAUUAUGUAGAUUUGGAACCAGAUCGAGACUACGAUAUAUAUUCGAUGUCAGAUGAACAUAAGUCAUGCAGAGCACCACCAUCUCCACCGCCAACACAAUCUCAUGGGCCCUUGCCACCACCUAGUACAGCUUUGUCAGAUCCUAGAAAUAAUCAAUGUUUCUUCCGAGCAAUAGAUGCGACAAGAUUUUUCAAAACAAUUGUAAGAGAUUCCUUGACUGUCCGUUCAAUAGGAGAAUGUGAAUUAGAAUGUAUUAAAUCAUCGAAGUUUACUUGCCGUGCAUUUGCUUUUCGAUAUGGCCAAAAAGAACGUGAUUCAAUUAUAGAUAAUUGCCAGCUAUCAGAUUGGCCUGUUAGAGAUAUGGAUAAAACAAGACAUUUAAAACUAGAUCCAUCAUUUGAUGUUUUUGAAAGAGCCAGUUAUGGCCAUGGCUGUGAAAUUCAACCAAUAGUUGAUGACAAACAUAAAAAAUUGUGUUAUCUGGGCUAUGGAUCAGCAGCAAAACUAUUAUCACCAGCAAUAAAAAAAGUUAUUUCGGUGCCAACUGAAUUGGAAUGUAAACGAGAGUGUAUUCGAUAUAGGGAGAAAACUUCUUUUAAAUGCUAUUCUUUUAGUUACGGAGCUCAUGCCUCAUCAUACAAUUGUGAAAUGUCAGAUUUAGAUCAAAGUGAACUAAAAUUAAAUAUACAUUAUGCACAUACCCCAGACCGAGAUUAUUGGUUAUUUGCCUGGAAUCCUUUCGAUUGGACAUGUCGAGAUAAAGUUGCAACUAUUGGAGGAAAUCGUGUGAAUAAUGAUCGUAGAAUGGAUAUAUUCCGUGAGCCUGGUGAUGUUACUUGGAGGCAUUAUACAGUUUCUGGAAAACCGUGUCGAAUUGGUAGCGGAUGUGAUAAAAAUCUUGUCACUGGUUUUUAUUCAUGUGAAAUAGAUGGCGGUGAAAUUGGUUCUUGGGAUUACUGUUGUAAAGCUGAAUAUCCUUGUGGAUAUUCGCAAGGAUUUGAUUAUCCGUGGUGUUUUGUAGGUGAUGAACCAGAUCAAUGGCGAAAAUGUAGUGAUCGUUAUUUUCCAGGUAAUCAUACACAUGCUGGAAUAACAAUUCCACCAUCAAAAGAUAAAACCAAAAAACCAACUGCUUAUUUACCAACAGAAAGUACACAUUCAAGUGAACAUUCACAACAACGCCCACCGAGACCUGGGGGCUUACAAAGUUUAACUGAUUUUACAGCAGCUCGUUUAUGGCCUGUUACAUAUCUUUAUAGUGAAGGACCACCAAAUUCCACGGAAUUAAGUAAUUUUGUCGAUUGUAAUAAGGAAACUUGUUAAUAAAUUUAUUUUAAAAAUUUUAUUAAAAAAUACAAUUAUUAUAAUAAAUGUUUAACAUCUACAUACUUAUAUUAAUGUUUUUAAUAAAUUUUUGUUAAAAUAACAAUCAUUAUUUUACAAAACAAUUCAUUAUCAUAACAUAAUAAAAUUAUUUAUUUACAUUGUCAA